CUUAUUGGGAAGUAUCAGUAGAUCAUGAAAUUGGUGAGAGAAAUGUUUCUUCUGAGAAUAUUAAAUUCCUUAGGAAUAUUCUUCUUUACGAUGUGGCAUUUGCUUGGUUUUCCAUGUCUUGUGUGUGCCUCAUUGUUGCAAACACAAGCAACCACCAUGCUCUCUGCUGCCAAUGCUACACUGCCUGGAUGCCCACGUAAGUGUGGGAACGUGACAAUCCCCUACCCUUUUGGCAUUGGGAGGAGAUGCUCCUUGGGGUAUAAGUAUAUUGUAGUAUGUGACACCGAAAAAAAUUUCUCUGUACCUAGAAUUUCUGGUAGACAUAUUCUUGAUUUAUCCAAGACCCAGAUUACAGUUACAGAUGGCCGUGUUGCUUCUUCAUGCAAUUUUGCUGAAGAAGGAUCAGGUGAAGAUGAGACCUGGUCUAAUGUUGAUCUGACAGGCCAACCCUAUUCUGUGUCAUCUGCCUCCAACAUCUUUGUGGUCACUGGUUGCCAUCAUUAUGGAUUGAUUGAGGCACAAACAACUACUGGUCGAGAAGUUGCUAGCUGUGUUGCCUUGUGUACUAGAGAAGAGGACUUACAUAACAAGAUGUGCUCGGGCAUUGGCUGCUGUGAGGCUCCCAUUCCAAAGGGCUUAAAGUUCUGGAAUAUUAGCCUAGAGGAUAUAUAUUACAACACAAGUGUUUCAUCAGGGAAUUGCAGCUAUGCCUACAUACUUGAAAAGUCGACCUUUAACUUUCAGGGGCUGCAGGGCCAAGACUCUGGAUAUCUGAAAAGUGUGCCUGUAGUGCUUGACUGGUUUAUUCCCAAUGAACGGUGCCAGGAUGCUCAGAAGAACUCAACUACUUAUGCAUGCCAACAGAAUACAAGUUGCAUUGAUCUUGGCCGUGCUCUAAAUGUCAUAGGCUAUCGCUGCAAAUGUCUACAUGGGUAUCAGGGAAAUCCUUAUCUUAGUCCGGGUUGUAUAGAAAUUGACGAGUGUGCAGGGGUGAAUAAUCCUUGUUCAAGCAUUUGUGUCAACACUAAAGGAAACUAUGAGUGUUACUGCCCAAGUGGUUUUUAUGGUGAUGGCAGGAAGGAUGGUACUGGCUGUCGUUCGAACAGCUUGAAAUUGAUCUUAGUUCUUGGACUUGGCUUGGGUUUGGGAUCUAUACUUCUCUUGCUCAGUGGGUUUUGGCUUUUCAUUAUAGCUAGAAGAAGAAGAAAGAGAAUGCAAAGAGCCAAAUUCUUUAAACAAAAUGGUGGUUUGUUAUUACAGCAGAAGAUGUGGUCCAAGGAUGGUAUGAUAGAAAAAACAAGAAUUUUCACUGCUGAUGAACUAGAGAAAGCUACUGAUGGCUUCAAUGAGAACAGAGUGCUGGGUCAGGGAGGUCAAGGUAAAGUUUAUAAAGGUAUGUUGAGUGAUGGAAAUGUGGUUGCCAUAAAGAAAUCUAAUAUUGGAAACAGCAAUGGGUUGAGUCAAUUCAUCAAUGAAGUGGUUAUUUUAUCAGAAAUUAAUCACAGAAAUAUUGUCAGCCUGUUGGGAUGUUGUUUGGAAACAGAAGUCCCACUGCUAGUUUAUGAAUUCAUUCCGAAUGGAGUUCUCUCAAAAUAUAUACAUGGUCCUAGUGAGGAUUUCCCUAUUACAUGGGAAAUGCGUUUACAAAUUGCUAUAGAUGUCGCAGGUGCACUCACUUAUUUACACUCCGCGUCCUCUAAGCCUGUCUUUCAUAGAGAUGUAAAAACUUCCAACAUACUUCUUGAUGCAAAAUAUAGAGCAAAAUUAUCAGAUUUUGGGACAUCAAGGUCUGUUGGUGUUGAUCAAACUCAUUUAACCACUCGUAUUCAAGGUACUUUUGGUUAUCUAGAUCCUGAAUAUUUCCGGUCAAAUCAAUUUACAGAUAAGAGUGAUGUUUAUGGUUUUGGAGUUGUUCUUGUAGAGCUCUUGACAGGAAAGAGAGCUGUUAUUCCGACUGAAUCUCAUAAUGGAAAAAGUCUUGCGUCAUAUUUUCUGUCAGCUAUGGAAAAUUCCAAUUUGUAUGAUAUUUUGGAUGCCCAAGUUGCCAAGGAGGGCAGAGAAGAAGCUAUAUUGGCUGUUUCUAACCUUGCUAAAAGAUGUCUGAACAUCGAUGGUAAGCAAAGACCAACAAUGAGAGAAGCUGCUUUAGAGUUGGAGGUAAUCAGUCAACUUCAUCAUGCUCCUGUUUCAGCUCAGAAAAAUCAGCCAGAGGUCACUGCAGAGACAUUAACAGAGAUUAAUUACAGUCUAAGUGAUAGUCUUUUGCCUCCAGACACAUCUUAUAUGGAAGAAAAUUGGUCUUUUUCUUCAAAUUGGUCCACAGGCUCCAGAAUUCAACAUGAAACUCAUGACGGGGCAUGAUUUUUCUGAACUCUGGUUUUGGCAACCAGAAUUUUAUAUGCUCUUAUUGUCUUGAUUCUUGAACCUGUAUUUGUUUGGUCAGAAAACGUGCAUGUUUCGCAUCAAAACAAUUUGCCAGAAAUGAGCUUCAAUUUUACAGAAAUCAAAGUGAGUGCAAGAUACUGUCUAUUGCAUCCUAUCCAGAAGAACAUUGCUCAUUACCUUAAAUUAGGUCUGCCUCUCCUCCUCCUCCUUCAACACCCCUAGAUCAAUAAGUGAUUACAACAUCACUGUUGUAAAUGCUGCCAAGUUAAUAAGGUAGCUAGCAAUUUGCACGGAUCUUGUUCCUGUUACUAUGUGUAUAUCCGAUUCUUACUAAUACUAUUUGUGAGCAGUAUGACUAAUGUCUAAUGAUCACUCCUGUAUUUUCUUGUAAAAAUUAUGACAUUCCGUUUCAUUC